GGCCUGCCUUGACCUAGCUGGAUUUUAACCCCAUCAGGCCACCACCACCUCUUCUUCUCCCCAAUCCUCACCGUCUUCUCGAUUAGCUUGGCUACUACAACAUCUAAAGUUCUGCCUCUACCACCUCUGAAAACUCAUAUUUGACUUGUCAAUAAUCAAGUUCAAGUUCUACACCCACACACAGUCAUCAAUUUUGACCUUAAAGUUUUCCCACCUAUUUUAUUCUAUCCUCGCAUUACAUAUCACAACAACACAACACUUGUUUUGUUUAGUUUUUAAGUUCAACAAUCCCUUCACUCUCCUUAUCAAAAAACCAAACAUGAAUGCUCCUCUAUUAUUAUCCUCUUUCUCUUUCAACCAAUUAAUCCCAUACCUAAUAUGCUUCAUCCUUUUCCUUCUCCUCAUUGAACAGAUCUCAUACCUCAACAAAAAACGUUCAAUCCCAGGCCCAUCUUUGGUUCUCCCCUUCAUAGGAAACGCUAUCUCAUUAGUUCGUGACCCAACCAAAUUUUGGGAAGUUCAAUCCACCUUAUCCAAAUCAGCAGGUUUUUCAGCUAACUACAUCAUUGGACUCUUUAUAGUCUUCAUUAGAGACACUGAACUCUCUCAUAAAGUCUUCUCCAAUGUAAAGCCCAACGCUUUCCAUCUUGUGGGCCAUCCUUUUGGUAAGAAACUCUUUGGUGAACACAAUCUUAUCUACAUGAUGGGCCAAGAACACAAGAAUCUCCGCCGUCGAAUCGCGCCCAAUUUCACUCCUAAGGCUCUUUCUACAUACACCGAGCUACAGCAGAUUAUUAUCCUCAAACAUCUUAAAUCAUGGCUUCACAAAUCCCAUGCUCAAGCCCAUGAGUCUUUUCCAAUCCGUGUACUUACUCGUGAUAUGAAUUUGGAAACGUCUCAGACAGUUUUUGUGGGCCCUUAUUUGGGCCUCAAAGCCCGAGAGAGAUUUGAACAUGAUUACUUUCUCUUCAAUGUUGGUCUCAUGAAGCUUCCGUUUGACUUUCCGGGAACUGCGUUCCGUAACGCGAGACUCGCCGUUGACCGACUCGCCGGAACCCUAGGGGGUUGCACGGCGGCAAGUAAGGAGAAGAUGGAGAAAGGUGAAGAGCCUUCGUGUCUCAUUGAUUUCUGGAUGCAGGAUACUUUAAGAGAGAUUGAAGAAUCGAAGCUGAACGGAGUAACAGUGCCACCGUUCUCCACCAACGCUGAAAUCGGUGGUUAUCUCUUCGAUUUCCUCUUCGCAGCACAAGACGCGUCGACUUCGUCGCUUCUUUGGGCGGUGACAUUGCUGGAUUCGCAUCCAGAGGUUCUCGCCAGAGUGAGAGAAGAAGUCGCCGGAAUCUGGUCGCCGGAGUCGAAUACACUGAUAACAUCGGAGCAGUUAAGGGAGAUGAAGUACACGCAAGCGGUGGCGCGUGAGGUUAUUCGUUACCGACCACCAGCGACUUUGGUGCCGCAUGUUGCGGCAGAGCCGUUUCCGUUGACGGAAUCUUACACGAUUCCCAAAGGUGCAAUAGUUUUUCCGUCAGCAUUCGAGUCAUCUUUUCAGGGUUUUACUGAACCGGACCGGUUCGACCCAGACCGGUUUUCAGAAGAAAGACAAGAGGAUCAAAUAUUUAAAAGAAACUUUCUAGCAUUUGGAGCUGGGCCCCACCAAUGUGUGGGCCAGAGGUACGCUUUGAAUCAUCUUGUGCUUUUCAUUGCUAUGUUCACAUCGUUGAUUGAUUUCAAGAGAGAUAGAACGGACGGUUGUGAUGAGAUCGUGUAUGUGCCUACCAUUUGUCCUAAAGAUGAUUGUAGGGUUUUUCUGUCUAAGCGUUGCACAAGGUAUCCUUCAUUGCCUGGGGUUGAGGAGCUUGUGAAAUGACCAGAAUGCCCUUGUUUGUUGCAUGUUACCACCAUGUUUAUUGAUUAAUUUUGUAUUUUAAAUUUUUAUGUCUUGACUUUGAAAUUAUUAUUUUCGACUAUUUGGUGGGUUUGAAUUUGAAAUGUUGUAGGCGGUCUUGUAAAAGUUCUGUGUAUUUGAUUUGAAUGUGAGAGGUCAUUGAAUUGGACAGUGGGUGGAUAUUGGUGUUUAUUGACAUUCAAAUAAAAUGAAAAAGACUCCAAAUUGAUUUA